ACCGGAAGCCGGGGCCUUAGUUCUCUUUCCCAUCUUGCAAGAUGGCGGGUGAAAAAGCCGAGAAGCCGGGUACCAAGGAGAAGAAACCUGCAGCCAAGAAGGCUGAUGCUGGUGGCAAGGUUAAGAAGGCUAACGUCAAGGCCAAGAAGGCUAAUGUCAAGGCUAAGAAGGCUAACGUCAAGGCCAAGACGCCUAAGAAGGGAAAGCCCCACUGCAGCCGAAACCCUGUCCUAGUCAGAGGAAUUGGCAGAUAUUCCCGAUCCGCCAUGUAUUCCAGGAAGGCCAUGUACAAGAGGAAGUACUCAGCGGCUAAAUCCAGGAUCGAAAGGAAAAAGAAGGAGAAGGUCCUUGCUACUGUCACAAAACCAGUUGGUGGUGACAAGAACGGUGGUACCCGAGUGGUUAAACUUCGCAAAAUGCCUAGAUAUUAUCCUACUGAAGAUGUGCCUCGAAAGCUUUUGAGUCACGGCAAAAAACCCUUCAGUCAGCAUGUGAGGAAACUGCGAGCCAGCAUCACGCCUGGGACCAUUCUGAUCAUCCUCACUGGGCGCCACAGAGGCAAGAGGGUGGUUUUCCUGAAGCAGCUGGGCAGUGGCUUGCUGCUUGUCACUGGACCCCUGGUCCUCAAUAGAGUUCCUCUGCGUAGAACACACCAGAAAUUUGUCAUCGCCACCUCCACCAAAAUUGAUAUCAGUGGUGUGAAAAUCCCAAAACACCUCACUGACGCUUACUUCAAGAAGAAGCAGCUGCGUAAGCCCAGACACCAGGAAGGCGAGAUCUUCGACACAGAGAAGGAGAAAUACGAGGUUACAGAGCAGCGCAAAGUUGAUCAGAAAGCUGUGGACUCACAAAUUCUGCCAAAGAUCAAAGCCGUUCCUCAGCUCCAGGGCUACCUCCGGUCCGUGUUUGCUCUCACAAAUGGAGUUUAUCCUCACAAAUUGGUGUUCUAAAUUUCUUGCAAAGAACCUGAUUAAAUAACUGAUCC